AUGUUGCGAACUACUCUUUCUCAAAAUACUAGUUUGUUCUCUCGAAUUGCAUCUCAAUCGUUCACACGACUUGCGACUAUACGAGCAUAUCACGAGAAGGUCAUUGAUCAUUAUGAAAGACCUCGCAACGUUGGUUCAUUGCCACGAGCAGAUCCUAAUGUUGGAACUGGUCUUGUUGGUGCUCCUGCUUGUGGAGACGUUAUGAAGCUUCAAAUCCGGGUAGAUGACCAGACUGGUAAAAUUGUAGAUGUUAAAUUUAAAACUUUUGGGUGCGGCUCUGCCAUCGCUUCUUCAAGUUAUAUGACUGAAAGAGUUCGUGGUAUGUCAUUGGAAGAAGCGGGACAAAUUAGAAACACAGAAAUUGCGAAAGAGUUAUCUUUACCACCUGUUAAACUACAUUGUUCGAUGCUUGCGGAAGAUGCAAUUAAAUCUGCAAUUAAAGAUUACAAGAGUAAACGACUUCUGCCAUCAACAUCAACAACACCAGCUGCCGAACAAUCAUCUCAAACAUCUCAACAAGCCACAGCUUAA